AGAAUAGAUACUCUACUUAGACUUAUUAAGUCUUUUAUCUUUAUUACUAUCUAUAGAGAUGUCUUUAGUAGUAGACUAUUACACUUUCUAGCUAUACUUAGUAUUUUAGAGGAGAUAGGUCGACUCUAUAAAGCGAACGACUUCUUAUAUAUACUAGCUAGAGUAGUAUACUAUAUAUGCAUCUUUAUAGUUAAGGUAAUACUACUAUUAACUAAAUAA